UGAACAUGAACAUCUCUCGUCCGCUCGUCCCUAUUCACCGGCCCUGUCUCGUCCAUAGGUUCUAGCUGGACAGCGACAUCAUGGCCUAUUGACCGGUCAAGAACGGACGAAGACGACCACCGCGGUCCAGAUUCGAAGCCUCGCAAGGCCCGACCGGGACGUUCGACCUCGUUUCCUCUGCUCUGAACCACCUUGCAACGGCCUCAACAGGGAGAGGACCGAAGGACCUCAAUGGCAGGCAAGGUUCUCACCACGCUGACCGAGUAUGCUGUACUCGUCCCUGCCUCGAUGUUCGGGGUCUUGGCGCGGUUAGGCCUGGUAGCCGUCUCACAGUAUCCGGGAAGCGCCGUCUUUCCACUCGCAUGGGCUCAAGGUGUCGGAUGUGCCAUCAUGGGCACGGUCAUGGUAUGGAAGUCGUCGAUAUCAAACAUUUAUCCUCUACUAUACCUCGCACUAGCAACAGGCCUGGCUGGAUCGAUCACCACCUUCUCCUCCUGGAUGCUGGAGGGCUAUGAAGCCUUUGCCGACCUAGACGGUACCGGGCGCAGCAGGCUCCAUAAUACCGUCGAUGGGUUGGCCUAUAACAUCGUGACCGCUUCGAUCGCUCUGGGGGCCUUGCAUCUCGGGAGUCACUGUGCCCGUACCCUCAGCAAAUUAUCUCGCAAAGUACACUCUGGAUCAGGCUCGAAAGAGGAGUCGUCCGAGACCUUGGGCAAAGCAUCAGAGUCGAGCUCGCAAGAGGGACGACAUUUCGAACUCUUCCACAAGCUAAGCAUCGUCAUCGGAGCGCUCUUCUACGUAGGGGUGUUGCUCCUCUACUUUCUAGGACCGCAUUCUUGGCGACAUCCGGUCACCUUUUCGCUCCUCCUCGGGCCUCCUGGUACGAUGCUUCGUUACGCCCUAAGCAAGCUGAACACCGGUACCAGGCUCGAGGGCAAGUUUCCCAUCGGAACCUUCUUGGCCAACAUGCUUGCCACAGCCGUCCUCGCUGCCGUGUACGUCGGUCAACGAGCGCCGGGCAAAGACGGUCAGACGCCACAUCUCACUAGUGUGGGAUGUGAUGCCUUGUACGCGUUGGAAGAAGGGUUCUGUGGAUGUCUGAGUACGGUCAGCACCUUUGCCUCCGAAUGGACCAGUAUCAAACGGACGAGGUGGAAAUGGUGUUAUGUUGGCGUCAGCGUUGUGCUGGGACAUCUCAUCAUCAUGGCGAUAGUCGGCGGUGUGAGCUGGUCUUCAGCGGGACUUGGACCGCAAUGUAUAGGUACAUAGGCGAGUGUUUUACAAUGCAACUAUAGCAGGCGAGACAAGAUCUCGACAGUAUAUCCCAAGAUAUUUCGCCAAGGGCAUAUUUCCAGGUGAACGCAGCAUUCUUGGCGUCCUGUAUCGAGAAGCCUUACCGGGAUGAACCGAUCGUUCGUAUACCGCCCAACGUCACUAGCCCGAAGCUCAUGUUCC